GCUCUCUACUUUUUUUUCUCUCUCACCUCUUUAUAUAUACGUACAUAUAUAUUUAGGGUUCAUAUUUAUACGCAUCACUGAAUUACCUGUUUGUAAUUGUUUGGUGCUUUGAGAUGUUCUGAGUGACAAUUAAUUUUUAUUAACUUGAGUAAUUUUUGUGGUCUUUGUGCAAUUUUUUCAUGGCUUCAUUGCAUUUCUCUUUUUCUCUUGAAUUUCAUGAACAAAAUAAGCUUAAAUUUUAUCCAAGUUCUGUUCAAUUAUUUGAUCGUUCAUCAGUCACCCACUUCCUAAAUACUGCCAAUGGAAGUGGGUUUGGUAUAAUUUUUGCCGUUUCCAAGCUGAACCAUGUUAAGGCUUCUCGUUUCGAUUCCGAAUUAGUGGAAAAUUCAGUGAAUGUUGGUAAGGUUGAUAGUAAUGUUAUAUCAUUUGGGAAUGAUUUAGGGGAUGAGGAUUCGACUCCCGUGAAUAGGAAUUCGCCUAGUCGUCGUCGUGUGGUGGAUGCUAGAGAUACGGGGAAAAGGUUUCGUGGUGGUGGUGGGGGUGUGAGUGAAUCGCGAAAAGAGAAGCAAAGCUUGAAGAAGCUUGAUGAUGUAGGAAAAUGUAAUCAGAAAGAAGAGGAUGUUUGCGGUGAACUAGAUGUUAGCAUUUAUGGUAUUAGACCUGAGUCUAGUGUAGCUUCUUUCAAUAAGAUAUUGAAAGGCCUUGAAAGGGGCGAAGAUAGGAAAGCAUUGAAAAUUUUCAACUGGAUGAGAAGUAACGGGAAGUUAUUAGGGAAUGCAAUUGCUUACAAUUUGGUUUUGCGGGUAUUGGGAAGGAGAGGUGAUUGGGAUGCGGCAGAGAAAUUGUUGGAGGAGAUGAGAUUGGAUUCGAAGUGUGAGCUUCAAUUUCAGGUCUUUAAUACAAUCAUUUAUGCUUGUUCUAAGAAGGGGGUUGUGGAUAUAGGUGCUAAAUGGUUCCGUAUGAUGUUGGAGUAUGAUGUUGAGCCUAAUAUUGCAACUUUUGGUAUGCUUAUGAGUUUGUACCAGAAAGGUUGGAAUGUUGAGGAGGCAGAGUUUGCAUUUUCCCAAAUGCGGAGAUUAAAUAUUAGAUGCCAAUCUGCAUACUCAGCAAUGAUCACUAUUUACACCCGAUCUGGUUUGCACACCAAAGCAGAAGAGGUUAUUGAUCUGUUAUACAAGGAUGAAGUUGUUAUGAAUCUUGAGAAUUGGUUGGUUAUGCUGAAUGCUUAUAGCCAACAAGGGAAGCUUAAAGAAGCUGAAGGUAUAUUAGUUUCAAUGUUCGAAGCUGGUUUCCCCCCAAAUAUCAUUGCGUACAACACGCUGAUAACUGGGUACGGGAGGAUAUCCGAUAUGGAUACUGCUGAACACAUGUUCCAUAACCUACAAAAUGUUAGCCUGGAGCCUGAUGAAACCACAUACAGGUCCAUGAUUGAAGGCUGGGCUAGAACCGGGAACAAUGAGAAAACUAAAUGGUAUUAUAAGAGGCUCAAAGAUCUGGGGUUCACACCAACUUCCUCUAAUUUGUACUCUUUAAUAAAUUUGCAAGCUAAACACGAGGAUGAAGAUGGUGCUUUUAUAAUUCUUGAUGACAUGGUGAAGAUGGGUUGCCAACCUUCCUCCAUUCUUGGCUUUCUUAUACAAGCUUAUGAAAAGAGUGGAAGGUUUGAUAGACUGCCACAAAUCUUGAGGGGUUCUCUCUAUAAUCAUGUGCUGAAUAAUCAAACUGCGUGCUCAAUCUUGGCUAUGGCAUAUGUUAAGCACUCUCUGGUGGAUGAUGCUACUAAACUUCUUCAGCUUAAGCACUGGAAGGACCCAGUUUUUGAGGACAAUUUGAUCCAUUUGCUUAUUUGUUCUUGCAAGGAACUGGGCCAUCUUGAACAUGCUGUCAGAAUAUUUACCGGUUUGUCGAAGUCUGAGGACAAGCCAAACUUGCAUAUUCUUUCGACUAUGAUUGACAUCUAUAGUAUUAUGAAUCAAUUUUCUGAUGCAGACAGCACUUACCAGCUGUUAAAGUCUUCCGGUCUUUCUCUGGACAUGAUUGCCUAUAGUGUUGUUGUCAGGAUGUAUGUGAAAUUCGGAUUAUUGGAAGAUGCUUGCUAUGCUUUGGAUGAGAUGGAAAAUCACACAAAUAUCAUUCCUGAUAUUUAUUUGUUCCGCGACAUGCUUCGAGUGUAUCAGAGAUGCAAUAAACAAGAUAAGUUGGCAGACUUGUAUUAUAUGAUCUUGAAGAGUGGGGUUAAUUGGGACCAGGAAAUGUACAAUUGUGUCAUAAAUUGCUGCGCUCAUGCUUUGCCUGUUGAUGAGCUCUCCAAGCUCUUUGAUGAGAUGAUUCAAAAAGGAUUCACCCCCAACACUAUCACUUAUAAUGUAAUGUUGGAUGUGUAUGGGAAAUCCAAAUUUUUCCUGAAGGCUAGAAAAGUCUUUUGGAUGGCUAAGAAACAGGGAUCAGCAGAUGUGAUAACUUACAAUACUCUUAUAGCAGCAUAUGGUCAAGAUAAAGACUUAAAGAAAAUGACGAAAACUGUGCAACUAAUGCAGUUUAAUGGGUUUGAUGUGUCCCUUGAAGCUUACAAUUGUAUGUUGGCUGCUUAUGGAAAACAACGUCAAAUGGAGAAACUUAGAGAUGUCUUGCAAAGUCUUAAGGAGUCAAGUUACACUUCUGACCAGUAUACGUACAAUACACUGAUGAAUAUAUAUGGGGAACAACGAUGGAUUGAAGAAGUUGCUGCGGUGUUGGAAGAGCUUAAAGAAUAUGGACCAGGACCAGAUUUAUGCAGCUAUAAUACAUUAAUAAAGGCAUAUGGCAUUGCAGGAAUGGUUGAAGAGGCUGUUGCCGUGAUUAAAGAAAUGAGAGAUAAUGGUGUAGAUCCUGAUAGGAUCACUUAUCUCAACUUGAUAACUGCAAUGCGCAGGAAUGAUAAGUUUCUAGAGGCUGUUAGAUGGUCAUUGUGGAUGAAGCAAAUGGGAAUUAGCUAAAGAACUACUUGCACAUUCUAUUUCUUCGAUUCUUGUUUGUAUCUAACAAAUAAACAUUCAGCUUUGCUUCUAAACAAUGUGGUUGUUUCUGUGACUUCUUGAUGUUAAUAUUGACUAUAGACUCACAGUUACUUUGAA